AUUUUUUCUCCUAGUUGCUAUUAGUGAAGCUUACUUCUGCAUUAAUUGUAUCCUAGUUUUGCAUUCAGAAGCUCCCUUUUCUUUGCAAGGAGAGAGGCAAAUUGGUGCUCAAGGGUAGUGAUAUGCUGUGACAUUUUAAUCAAAAAAUCAUCGUCCACUUAAAUUUCUAUGUUAAGUUUCCCCUGAAGUUUGGCAGAUAGACACUAUUUAUUUGGAUAAUAAGAUGGGAGACAUAGAAGAUGAAUCUGCUGAGCAAUUACUUUCUUCAUGUACUUCUAUGGAUGACAUUGUCGGAGAUCAGCCAAUGCAUCCUUAUGUUGGAGACCAAUACCAAGCUGAAAUCCCACCACUAAUUGCAGAAUGCCAUCGUCUGGCACUUAUAAACAAACCAAUUUAUGCAGAAGUCCCAGAUUCUAUUUCAGUGGGAUUGCCAAUUCCUCUUAUGUGGUUGAAUUCUGAAGUGGAAAGAUCCUAUGGUGGGGUGGAAUUUGUAAACAGUGAAGAGAGCCGGCUUACCUCAAACAAUGAAUUUUCAGAACAUAAAGCUGAGGACCUGGAUUCAGAGUUGCAGAAUGAGAAAGACAUGAGAGGCUAUUCAAACAUUCAACCUACAGCUAGAGGUCACCAGAUGGAGAUUGAUUCUAUCUCAUCAAAAAGGGAGAAAACUAAACUAGAUGAUGUAGACAGAGGUCUCUGUCCUCUUCCUGGCUCUUUAGGUGAACCAUGGAAGGAUAGCGAACGUGACAUUUUUCUUCUUGGUCUAUACAUCUUUGGCAAGAAUCUUAUAUAUGUGCAAAAAUUUGUCGACACAAAAACAAUGGGGGAUGUAUUAUCUUUCUAUUAUGGAAAGUUUUACAGGUCUGAUGAGUAUCGUAGAUGGGCAGAAUGCCGAAGAUUAAGAACCAAACGUUGCAUCAAUGGACAAAAGCUUUUCACAGGAUGGAGACAACAGGAAUUAUUAUCACGACUAUGUUCUCUUGUAUCAAAGGAAUGUCAAGAUACAUUGCUUGAGGUUACUAAGAAAUUAGCUGAGGGAAAUAUUACAUAUGAGGAAUAUGCAUUUGCUAUGAAGGAUACAGUUGGAAUCAGUGCAAUUGUAGAAGCAGUAGGAAUUGGCAAAGGAAAGCAAGAUCUCACUUGUGCUGCCAUGGAGCCGGUGAAAACCAACAAUGUAAACUCUGUUGGUCCUGAAAUACCUGUUGGUAAAGCAUGCUCUGCUCUUUCGUCUGCAGACAUUAUCAAGUUUCUGACUGGAGGUUUCAGGUUAAGUAAAGCCCGAUCCAGUGACCUUUUCUGGGAAGCUGUUUGGCCUCGCCUUUUAGCAAGAGGAUGGCACUCUGAACAGCCAAAGGAUCAUGGUAUUUCUGGCUCAAGAAAUCCCUUGGUGUUUCUUCUACCUGGUGUUAAGAAGUUUUCAAGGAGGAGGCUUGUCAAAGGUAACCACUAUUUUGAUUCUGUUACUGAUGUCCUGAAUAGAGUUGCAUCAGAACCAGGGCUUCUUGAAAUUGAAAUUGAAGCGAGUAAAGGCAGUGAAGAUAAGGAUGAACAUAACUGGGAUACAACAAUUAAACAGGAUACCAGUGGCAAGUUAGAUAAACGCCAUCGUUACCUCAAGCCACGGAGUUCAAAUUGCAAUAGGGAACCAACAAAGUUUACAAUUGUAGAUACUAGCUUGGCCCAGGGAGCAGAAAGACGCAGGGUGAGAGAGUUGAGAAGUUUACCUGUUGAGGCUGUUAGCUUGUUCACCCCCUCAAGUCUUUCCAGCGAUUCUGGGGACGAUACAUCUGAUGAAUCAGAUAAUGAUACAGAAGAAACUAGUACCUCCAAUGCUGCAGAAGGUAUAGCUGAUAGGGCAACUUGUGCAGACUCAUCAGAUUGUGUUAAUAGUAUUCCAAAUGUUGGCAUUCCAAGCACAUCCAAUACCACCUUUGUGGUAGUGGAAAAUCAUGAAAGCCAUAGCACAAGUCUGCUGGAUGACAAACAACAAAGAAAGAUUGGGAAUGACGAUUUUGGCCAGAAGGUGCAGUCUGCCAAUUCUAAGUUUCUGGCUCCUAUUACCAAACAGCAGGAUUCAACUGAAUGCAUAAAUGGAGAAUCAAGUUGCAGUAUUGAUAAUACUUUUGCAGACAGGAUGUUAAAUGGAGAAUCAAGCUCACCUGAUGCUCUUCAAAUGGGACCCCAAAAUUUGUCACCUGCCAGCUCUUUGGCUAGAGGCAGUCCAGAUGGGAGCAAGGAAGGCACUGUUACCGAAAAUUUCCUGCACAAAGCAGAGUCUCCUGAGAAGCCUCAUCCUCAUACAUUGAUAGACUUGAACAUCAGCCCUCACGUUUCAAUGGAUUUUGAAACAGAACCAGUCAUUACAGAGACAGUGCCUCAUACUGACACUUCAUUUGCAAACCAGUCAUCAUUUCUAUCUGAAACAAGAGUGCAGCCUGAGCCAUCAGGACUGCAUGAUGAAGAAGGUACGGGGGUCAGUCAACAACCUGCAAUGAACUACCGGAGGCAGAGCACUAGAAACCGCCCAUUAACCACAAAAGCAUUGGAAGCUCUUGAAUGUGGGUUCUUAAUUCCGAAGAGGAAGAAAAGAGCUUCAGAAGCUCAACCAAACAUUUCCCGGCGUGUCCGUAGCAGGCCUGUCGUCAGUUCCAUUUUUAGAAAUGGUUCAGGCAACUCCAACCUGCAGGAGAAUUUGGAUGGACUCUGUAGUACCACCACUAUGGUUGAUCAGUCUCAGACAUGAUUAUUGGAGGAAAUGCUACCAAUAUGGCAUCGUGGAUGUUUUAUGUAUUUUGAGUCUCACAUUUUUUAAGCUGACUUGAAUAAGAACAGAUAUCUUACUUAUAUACUAGCUUUUACAGGUUUUCAAAUUUCACAAUGUACCAUAUUCCUUCAGUUUUAUGAUCC